GGUCAACAAAUCAGUAAACUUCACAAAAAUCUUACCGGAAUUUGGCCUUAAUUUUGGUCUUAUUAAGAGUAAUUGAUGUGUAUAAAGUCUUGACUUUAACGAUGAAUCAUGCAUCACUGCUGCAUCAUUGUAUAGCCAUACUAGAUGGCUAUGAUCCCAAUGCUUAUGGGGUGGAACAACAUCUGAAGACAUAUCUCGGUGAAAACACGAAUCUCGAUGACGAGGAACAAGUCUUCCUCACCGAGGUCUUUUCUGGGUGUGUCCGCCACACCCGUAUCAUGGGCGUGGUUGUCAGCGGAUUUUACUUGCGGGCAGGCAAGAGCUGCCUCCGCACAGACAUCAAUCUAUAUACAGUUUUAUGCUAUUUGGCGUUGUAUCGACUUGAUGAGCUGGAGAUGACCAACUUUAGGAAGUUUGUUCGAUCACAGGAUGUUAACAAGAUGUUCAGGUUUCUAGCAUUUUUCCUGGAUGAGUCCAACCUAAAGAAGUGGAUAAAAGAUGAAUGGUGUAAGAUUUACGAAAACAGUUACGUUCAGGUCCAACUCAUGUCACCAAUCCUGAGGUGGCUUCCUGAGUUAAAUGAACUAGUAAAUCAGCUUGCAGAUAAAAUCGCCAACAAAGUCCAAGCCAAGAGGACAGUAAAAACAGCAACUGAGGUAAAGCCCUUCAGUUUAACACAGCCAAGACCUAGGAGUGUUCCUAUGCCGGAUAAGAUACCAACUGUUCAUAGACAUAAACCUGUACCCAAGAGCACCUAUGACAUACCAAGGGAAGACAAGCUGAUUGUAGAAGCCAAGGAACGAAAUAGGAGAAGAGUUGAGGAACAUCUCUACGAUGCUACCAAGAGGCAGUUUUCCUGCGCGAAUGCAGAGAAAUCAGACAAGACACAGCGGCGACGAAACGAAAUCCUGGCCAUGGAAGAUGGCAAGCUGCAAUUCAACAAGAAGAAGACCAAAGAUAUACCACUUGCCAUCACAGAGAACAUCCCAAUCAAGCUGAAUGCUGCUACCAUCCUUAGGGAGGGCGCCCUCUAUCAAAAGCGGGAGGAAGAGGAGAUGAAAAAGCUUGAGCUUCUUGAAGCUGGUGCUAAGGAUGCCUCUCAAUUCCUAGAGUGGCAACGGGGGAUGAAACAGAAGGACAUGGAUGAGCAGCUCGCUGACAUUGAACGGCGUCGGCUCGAGGGCAAAAUCAGCCACGAGGAGGCCAUUUUGGCCAGACAGUCACUGAUUAAAGACAACAGGCAGAAAGUGCAGGAGAUGAAGGAGGAGGCAGAAAAGAUGAUGCAAGAGUAUGUAGCACGAAGAUUAAAAGAAGAAGAGGUUCUGAAACAGAUGGUGGAAGAUGUCAUCUCGGGACAUAAGAAUGCCAAGGAGGCCAAGAACAAAAUACAAGAUUACAAACGCAAGAUAGUGGAGGAAGUCAGUGAGGAAAGCAGAGAGCUUCUGAGGCAAGCAUUUGAAGAGGCUGAGGCUGAGAUGAAACGCAAGAUGGAGCUGAUCCAGCAGAUCCGAGCCAUGGAGGCCACGCCCAAAAGCCGCAACAAACUUGUUGAUUGGACGGCCACCGCUGGCCACUCCCUCCUCUCUGAGAUGUCAGUGGCGGAGUUGAAAGAGCGCCUCGCUCUUAUGGCGACAGAACAACAGGCGAAAGAAGAGAACAAGCGAGAUGAAAUCUUGGAAUCGAAGGCGGCCAAGGAUCGGAAACUGAUGGAUACUUUACAGCAGAUAUCAAAACACAGAGUGGUGGAAGGACAAAAUGCAGCUGUCAGGCAAGAGAUGAAAAACUCUGCCAAGAAACCAGAGGUUAAAGAUCCCAAACUGGCCGAUCUCCAGCAGAAGCUUGAACAACGGAGGCAAGAACGAUUGAAAGCCAACGAGGAGAUGAAGAUGAAACAGUCCAAGCAUUCUGCUUCCAAGAUUAGAACUCUGAAUAAACAAAAGCGGACAAUAGAGGAGAGUCGAUGGAAAGAACUGGAGCAGAGGAGAGAGAAGCAGGCAUCCCUACAGGCAAAGGGUAUCAUGACUGACGUAGCUGGACAGAAAUUAAACUCCUUCAGUAGAAGUCGACAGCUCUCUGCCGGCCCUGUCAUAUCUUAGUGGAGAAUACUUAUUGCAAUUUUUGUUUGCAUUACCAUGAUUGUCAUCGAUGCAUAAGAGUCCAAUUAUGUAUCUUACUUAUGCUGUCUGCCAUUGCAGAUUUAAUUAAGAUCAGACAAACACCAAAACAACAACAAACAAACAAAACUUGGCAGCUGUGGUGUUACUGUAUCUUUUGGUACUGUUCUUUGCCGCUCUAAUAAAGAAAAACCCAUACGAUUUAAUGGUUCUGAUAAUGCCUUUUAUAUUUUUCUUAAAAAUUCAAAAUGUACACCCGUCCAUUAAUUUAUAAAGAUAUUGAGAAAACACUUAUACCUCUAAUUCUAGUAGGGAUGCCUUCGACCAUGUUUUUUCUUGUCUUUCUUUUUCUUGGCGAAAAGUGGGAAUGAGAAAAUGCUAGGUCUGUCUGUAUAUUGUAGUUGUGAAAAUGUACAUAUAUAUAUAUAAUUUGUUGAAAGGCACACAUUGUUGUGAGAAUGGCUUCGAAAAAUCAAAGCCUAUUCAAAAUCAUUAUAGUUUGUACAUAAUCCCCAAUUUUCUUUUUACAAAUCUGGAAAACUGUUGUGGAUUAAGUUUUUCAUGCAAAAGGGGAGUGGCACAUCAAGUUUUUUUUCUCCUGUAUUUUAAGGGAUGACAGAGCUAUGUCUUUUGUAUAAAUAAAAGGAGGACUAUGAAAUAAAUA